UGUCGUUGUUCGCCAUUUUGGACGAGAUUUAUUUCUCAAAAUUCUUGAUAUCCGGCGAAAAUCUGUUGCCAUCCGUCGGGUAAUCGGCGUUUUAAAAGGACUAGAUUGUUCUACAAUCAUCACCCAUCAGAACGGACCGCAGUGUUACGGACCGUUCCCAGGGUACAGUACCUAGCUAUUCAAUGAGCUCUCCGGCAAAAUGUCCACUAUCUCUGGGUUAGGCAGUAAGGGUGAGAAAAGCAAGAGCAAGUUCACCUCAAUAAACAUAAAUAAUAUCUACAAGGGCAAAAGCGUAGAAACUCAGAAGACUACGGUUGCACGUCAGCAUGGGUUACAAAGCUUGGGUAAAGUGGCCAGCGCCCGGCGAAUGCCGCCACCUGCUAAUUUACCAAGUUUGAAAUCGGAGAAUUGUGGAAACGAUCCUAACAUCAGUUUAGUACCUUCUGGUGGAGCAGGAUGGGGAGCAUCGAAAGAGGAGAAGAAGGAUGGAGGUCAGCCGCCAUCGUCGCAGCCCUCGCAGGCUACGUCACAGUCACAGGCAGCAACACCGAAGAGUGCAGCAGCGAGCAUGGUAGGACCGGGGCAACCUCCUCAGGGAGGGGUCAGACCAGCUACAGGAGCGGGCGUAAGCAGCAGUGGGGCAGGUACAGUUGGGGCAAACAUACACGGGGCACAGCCACCAGCGGGCGGUGGGUCGGGGGCGGGGGCGAGUCAGGGGCAGCAGCAGUCUGGGGGGCCUGGGGCAGGCACCCCGACCGGGGCAAAACUAUGGAGCAGUGUUACACAGCAUGGCAGUACAGAAAGAGGACCAUACAAGCUAGGCCAACAGUCACCAUUCUUCCAGGAGGAGUUCCCUACAUUGGCAGUAGAUGGCAGCACAAAGAGUGGCAGCACAGGUGGCGCCACUGGCACACCAGGGGGAACACCUACCAAGAAAGAGGAACCAAAACAAACCCAGUAUGGAGAAGGGCCAAGUCUAAGACCACAAAAUGUUGGGAGUUGGCGGGAAGGUGGAGGACGACCUGUGAAGGAGCAACAAUCCACGUCCCCACAGCCAGAGCACUCACAGAAUGGUGGCCUCGUGUCAGGUGGGAGCCACCCUGAAGGACACAUGAUGGGCAUGCCAGUGAGGCCAGGAUCUAACCCACAGGCAGGGGGUCCCAUGAUGGGGCCAGGCCCAGGACCUGGGGGUCCCAUGCAAAUGCACCCACAAUUCAGAGGAAUGAUUCCACCACAGUACCAGAUGUAUCCUCCAAGUAGAAACUUCCCUCCCCAGGGUUACCCACCAAACUUUGCUGGAAUGCCACGUCCACCUUACCCCUACCCCCACCGGGCCCCUCUCCCAAGACCCCCAACGUCUGAGGGAGAAGAGAUGUACAAAAGACCUGCUAUCAUUAAGGAUGAGAGUCUCCAGGAAUUGGAUAAGAUAGCUAGAGAUAAGGAUGAUAAUGAUGAGGGCUGGGCAGGUGCCCAUGGUGAGAUUGACUACACCGAGAAGCUGGUGUUCAGUGAUGAUGAAGAUACAGUGCAAUCUCCUCGUGAAAGAAAAACGAGUGAACGAAGCGAAGAUAAAGGACGUGAUAGACAUGAGAGGAAGUCUGAGUCACAUGAUGAUGCUGGCAAACACAGAGAGAGGGAGUCAAGGGACAGGGAUGAGAGAGGUCCACCUAGAGAAGGUUGGCCUGCAGGUCAGCAACCCCCAGGCCAGUACAACCAACGACGAGGUCCCCCACCCCCAGGAAUGGAUGGAUGGCACCCUAGGAUGCCAUUUGAUCAUAGAGGUCCACCCCAAGGAGCUUACCCCCCACAGUUUAGGAUGCCAGGGCCUCACCCUGGACAACAUCCGGCACAGAGGGGACCUUAUCCCCCAGGUCCAGGUGGCCCACCCCCUAGUCAAGGCCCACCACCCCCAAGGGAGCGUGAAAGGGAAGCGCCAAGGGACAGGGAGCAAAGAAGGCCUGACCAAGAACCAAGGAGGGAACAAGAUCCUCCCAGAAAAUCUGAUAAAUCAUCGGACAUUGAUCCCGAUGAUGAUGUGUGGCGUAAUAGACGUCGCCAACAGAAUGAUGAGAUGUCUGCGGCUGUAGAGCGAGCGAGACAACGUAGAGAGGAUGAUGAGAGGAGAGUGGAGCUGGAAAGAAAGGCAGCUGCCCAGGAGAAGCUGAAGCUACUGGAAGCCAAGCUCCAGAUUAGCAAGAGAGGAGAACGAGGAGAUUCUAAGGAUCGUGAAAGCGAGAGUGAGAAAGAAGUGUCGGACACUGAGACACGUAGAAGUCGUACCACCAGUGAGGGCAGUGAUAAAGGAAAACAGGGUAGUGCUAGCUAUACUAAGCAGUAUGGGCGUAAUAUUCCCCCUAGGUUCCAGAAGCAAGCACAAGAAGCCAUGAAGCAAAACACAAGUCAGAACACUCCUCCUGCCCCAGGAGGUCCCGUACCUCCCCAGGGUAUGAAAGGACCAGGUCCUCCACCCCCAUGGUAUGACCCCCGGGAUCCACGAUCCUGGAUGCCACCCCACCCUCAUUUCAUGCCUGGUCGACCCCCCAUGGAUAUGCAGGGUAUGCCUAUGUACCCCCCAGGCCCUAUGAGGAGGAGGAACGACAGUGGAGGAGAGGAAGGAGCACAUACCCCUGAUGGUGCCCCCUAUGACAGAGACCCUAGGGCAUGGCCAGGCUACCCACCAGGUGCCAUGGAGGAAAUGAUGAGGCGAGGCUAUGGACCACCCCACUGGGACCCUAGAGCCUUCCAAGAGUGGCAGAAUAGAGAGUAUGAAAAAUAUGAGAAAGAAAAGGGAGAGUAUGAAAACAGAGAACGAGAGUCUGCUGAUCGAGACAGAAAAGAGACUGGUAGAAGUGAACGAAGUGGUGAUCGUGAACAAUAUAGGCAGGAAUCCUACGAUGCUAAACCAGAGAGACGAGACAACGAGCGUGAAUCUCGUGAUCGUCGGGAUCCAAAACCAGAUAAAGCUGACCAGGAUCUUGAGCAAGAGGAGCUUGGUGGCUCAGAUCAGAAACCACCAGUUCAGAAAGAUCCAUUCGACGAGUCUGAUCACGUCAUGGAGAAGAAACAUGAUGACCGAAAGCAUCAACAACAGCAGGAAGAGGAUCAACAGAAGAGAGAGCCAAGGGCCAGGUCAAAUCGUCAGGAGAGACCGAGAGAUAACAAGCCACGAGGUGAUGAUGAUGGAUGGCAGGGAGAACCUGUCAAACUGAAGCGUGAGUGGCACGCUACCCCCCACCAUACUGCCCCACCCCCUAUAACUGCUCAGCAGACUAGGGACAAUGCACCCCCACGUAGCAAUUACACGUCACUGAAGAGGAAUGCCAAUUAUGGCAGCCAGAAUUCUGAGCGUAAAACUGAAUCUCCAAAAGCUGCGGCAGUGAAGACUGAGCGUCCCUCUGCUUGGAAGAAACCAGAGACCAAGGAGUCCCUGAAAGAGAAGCGGGAGGAGAACAAACCUGUAGAGAAGCAGAGAUCUCUCUCCAGAGACAACAGUAAAGAAGAGAAGGAAAACAAGCCAAAGGAGAACAAUGAACCUAAACCCCAACAGCAGCCACCAGCAGAAAAACCAAAACCAAUGAAUGCUUGGGCUGAGAGGUCUCCGUUCCAGAGCAAAGAGAAGAAAGUUGAGCAGCCAAGUGAACAACAACUCAGGCAAUCAGAGUCCCCUAAGGAUAUUGACAUCAUCCAGCAAGAUGAUAAAGACAUUAAAGCUAAAGAUGAUGAUCGGCCUCCAUUUAAAAAACCUAGAGAUCUAGAUGAUCGAGAGCGGGAUAGAUCCCACGGAUCUAGAGGACGAGGAUCUCGGGAGUAUUAUCGUGGUGGUGGCAGAGGAUCACGGUCACGAGGCAGAAGUGGGUUCCCUGCUUAUAGAGGUGGUCGCGGUCGAGGCGAUUACCAUGGUGGACAGUAUGAGAAUAAGGGGCGAUACAGCGGUGGUAGAGGAGGCAAUGUGUGGGACAAUAAGGAUGACGAGGAGUAUAAUGACAAUGAUUGGAGUUCAUACUCCAGUAGGAGACGUGGGAGAGAUGAUGGUGAAAACAAUGAAGAGUCUCCAGCCCUGAGUGAAGCGUCUAGUGAUAGAGAAUCUAGAGCCACAGAAUCUAGGGAGGGCUCUAAACAGCGUGAUAAACCAAGGGAUAAAUAUAAAUCUGAUGAAAAUAAAGACAAGAGAGAACCAAGAGAGGACAGGAGGAAGAGAGAUGAUAGAGACUAUAAACGUGAUGAUCGGGGUCAGAGGGAGGACCGAGGCCAAAGAGAAGAUAGGGGCCCCAGAGAUGAUCGAAGAGAUGAUCGAAGAGAUGAUCGUGAUCGUAGAGAUGAUCGUCGUGAUGAUAGGGAUCGAAGAGAUGAUCGGCGAGAAAAUGGGCGAAGUAACAACUCCAGGAAUGAAUCCAGAAAGGGAGGAAAAGACGGCUCCCAGCGUGAACGUGGUGGUCGUGGGGGUAGAUAUAACUCAGGUCAGGCCCCCAGGACUUCAGGAGGGUUUGGGAAACCCCCCAGUAAGACCAGUAGUGCCCCAGACACUAUCAAUGAUGCUGGGAGUGACAAACAAAGUGUACCUUCUACUCCCAAGGAAGAGAGCAAUGUUUGGUUCAAUGACAUGAAAGCUGAAGACAAUCAAAACAAAGACAUGAAUAAACAGGACAGAAUGCCUGAUAACAGAGACAAUAGGGAUAGAAUGUCUGACAGAGAGCAGGACUAUCGUGGUGAUUCCCGCCACAGAAACUCUCAACCUCCACGCUUUGCCCGGGGCUCUUCCCGUGGUCGGGGCGGGUUCCCAGAACGAGGAGGUCGAGCUCGGGGUAGAGGUGAAAGAGGAGGUCGUGGAGGAUAUAAUGAUAGGGGAGGUGGAUAUGGUGAACGUGGUCGUGGUCGAGGGAGUGAUCGCGGUAGUGAAAGGCGUAGUCGGGGUUCUCGAGGAGGCAGUGGAUCUGGGAGUAGAGGAGAAAGAAAGAGACCCACAUUAACCAAGCAGAACUCUUCAGAUAUGGCCACCGAGGACCUUUGGGAGACUGCUAGUGAGAGCAGUGAAAUAUUGGAACGGGAGUCAAAAAACGAUAGAGGCUCACGGGACAACGGUUCCGUGAGGAAAAGUUUUUCUAGUCAACGCCCAAACGAGAGGCAGAACAGACGAGGGAACUCGUCUGAAGCUCGUAAGUCUAACAGUCUAGAGCGUCCAAAAAACAAGGAGAGGUCCCCGUCCACAGCCAAAGCUAAUGGAACUGUUCGCAAUGGUGGCGCGGGGACCAAAAACGUCAAGAAUGCAGCGAAUUCUAAAUCUGAAAAUAUAGUGUGUCGUGUAGAUGGGGUGAUUCAUGACAACCCAGAUGCAAUUAGGAAUGCUAUAAAUAGUAUCAGUUCAAAACAACGGAAGACAUCAGAGCUGACUGAUGUCUCAAAACCAUUGAAAACUGAGAAGAAAAGUGAUGCACUAGCUAACAUAGAUAUCAACAACUUUGCAAGUGUUGUUGUGAUCGAUGACCAACCAGAAGUUUCCAUAGACGACCCAGCUUUUUUAUUUGAGAACAAUGAUGGUUUCCAAGAAGUGACAUCAAAAAAGUCGCAAAAAUACCGCCAACAAAAAGCAGCAAUGGAAGCCGAACAGAAGAAACUCUUAGAGAUUGAAAAGCUGAAGAAGGUGACUGCAAAGGUGGUAGCCAAACCCAGGGGUCUAACAGCCACAGCUUCAAGGUUCAGCAAGCUUCCUCCCCGCUUAGCCAAACAGAGAGAGCGUAAAGAGAAGGAAAAGGAACUCAACAAGAUGGCCAUGCCUAAGAUUGAGUGCUGGGACAACACCAUGGCUAACAAUAUACCACUGGAAACUAUGCUAGAGGAAGAGAUGGCACAGAAUGGUGGUGAGAUGAUGGUGUCGAACAACCCUCUGCCUCCACCCCAGCCUUUGAUGGCCCAGACGAUUCUCCCCACCCCCAGCAUCAACUCGUCUAUGCCCUCUGUAAAUGCCUGGGACAAGCCUAUCACAUUCACACCAGCACCACCUAUCAAUGUGCCAGUGGAUGGCAAGUAUGACAAGGGAGAUCAGCAUGAUAGUGGGAUAGAUGUGAAUGAGACACAGAACUCUGUGCCAAGUUCUACACGAAGCUCACCGAGUAAUGAGACAAAGUUUACAAAGGCUAGUAGCCAGUUGCUACAGACUGGGCUAACAACGGGGAUAGUUGACCCCAUCAAGCCCCUGGAGCCACCAAAGCCCCAGAGACAGGCCAAAAUGGUUAGACCUGCCCUUGCUGCGGUAGAAAAGAAACAACCAGAGGACCUGUCAAAGGUUGUUAAGAAGCCAGUCAAGUCAGGCUUUGAGCCUAUAGAGCUACCAGCUAGCUUCAAGGACCCCUUUAGUCUCACUAAGGGAGAGGACUCUGGUGAUAUGAAGUUAGACUUCACAUUUGAUGCUGAACUUUUUGAUGCCACCAAAAUCACAGAGGAGACGCCUAAGGUGGAUACAAAGGGAGACGUCCCAGAUGUCCCUAAACCUAUCCCCUUGCCCAACAGUUUGUCUGGAGCAACGGGGGUUCAGUCCCCUACUUCACCUGCGGCUGCAGAGGAUUUGUCAUCCAAGAUCGCGGCUGUUAAGGAUGUAUGGCGGGAUGGUAGAGAAUCGUGGAAUAUCUCAGCAUCUGCUAUACCAACAAUGAUGUUUGAGACUGGUGAUAACUUUGGAGGUGCCACUAACAACACAUCAAUGUCUGAUGUUGAAAAUGCGAGUAGUUCUGGUCACAUGUACACAUACAACACAUCCAUUGAGAGCAAUACUAACCCAGGUGACUCCAGUCACAGUCAGGUGAUAGCAAACACUCAGUCCGACAUAUCAGCAAUCAACAUUAACAUACAGAACAUGAACGCUAACAACAACAUGGAUGGCUCAUUGAGCAUGACCAACAUCAUGGGGAGUCCGAACAUGAUGGAUACCAGCCCUAACAUGCAACUAGGCAGCAGCCCAAAUAUGACUAUGAGUAGCUCGAAUAUGAAUAUGGGUAGCUCCAGCUCUAUGAACAACACCCAGCUAGAUAGUAGUGGUAUUAGUAUGGGUGUUAGUAUGGGAGGUAUGAUUCAGGGUAUGGAUGUCUCAGGGACUCAACAGGCAAUGUUGAGUCAGGCCUCGGAUACCAUGAUGUAUGGUAACACUCAGAUCAACAAUCUCAUCAACAAGACCAGCGAACAGAGCAAUGUAUGCAAGGUGAAGCCUCAACAGCUACAGCAGCAACAAGAACAACAGCAGGAGCAGGCACAACAGCAACAGCUGCCACAACCUGCACAGCUGCAAACCAGCACUCCACAGCAGCAACAGCAGCAGUUGGAUAUCACAGCUGGUGUAUUCAACAUGGCUAGUAUCUCUAGCAAUGUGCCUAGCCCACCUACUGUACUUGCACUGAACCAGUCUGUACAAAUAUCACAGUAUCAGCCUUUCCCCUUAGCUUCCUCACAGCUCAUACAAGAACAAAGGUACUCCCAGGCUAGCUAUACAUAUGGAUUGAGCCAGCCAGCCCAGGCAGUGGCCUACACACAGGCUUCAUUCACUCAGCCUAGUCUCUUCUUACAAGCUGCCCCAGCUGCAGCACCAGCACAGACAGACCUCUAUGGCCAGUCCUCACAGCUAGGUUACCGUACUGCCCCCCAGCCCUACAGCCAGCAGACUCCGCAACAAGCUCCCCAGCAGAACACUAUAAUGUCCUCAGCCACUACGACGCUCAUGUCAGCAGCUGUUAAGCCCCCUGCACAGGCAUCAUUUGGCACACCGAACACAUUUGGCACUGGGAGUGCAUUCAACAAUCAGACAUUUGCUGGCAACCAAAACUCAUUUGGACUGGCUGGGGCUGGCCAGAAGACGAGUCUAUCCAACUCCUUCUAUACCAACCAGGCAGUUAACAGUACCACCCUACAGCCCUCUCACAUUCUGGUGCAGUACGACCCUAACCAGAUGCUAAACGCAGGUUCCCAGUCAGCCCAGGCUAACACAUCGCAGCUGAUUGGCUCACAGUUUGCUACAGCAAGACCUACAAGCUUACAGGGACACCAGCAGACGUUGUACCCUGUGGGGGCCUCAUCUCUACAACAGACGGGCUUCUACCAGGCACACCAGGGAACCAACCAAUCCAAUAUGUCUCAACUACAGACUGCCAUCCAGCAGGUGACUACUCCCACCCAGUACCCUCUCCAGGGAUUUGGCGGCCAGGCUGGCUUACCUCAGCCCCCUAGCCAGCAAUCUGCUACAGCUGUUGGCCUUGCCCUGCAACCUGCAGCAGUACAGAAUAUAACCUCCCUGACACAACAACACCAGUCUAACCAGGCCAGGAACAACAGCUUUGGUCUCACUGGCUUUAAUACAAGCUCUAAUGGAUAUGCCAGUACAGGGAGUGGGUACAAUAAACCAACAGCUCAGAUGAAGCCGUUCCAACAAGCAGCUGCCACCCCCCAGGUGACAUCUUACCAGUCACUUACCCAGGAUUAUCAGAAUCAAAGACAGUAUUCAGGAAAGAGUGUGGGACAACAGUUGUCAUAUACAGCCACAUCAUUUACCCCUGCCUCUCUGAGUACAGUCACUACCAGCGCCAACAGCAGCAAUAGCUUUUACUCUAGCCAGGACUCCAACACAUUUGGACUUGGCAAAGGAGUAGGAUCACUGAGUGGCCUAACAACGAGUACCAUCAGCAGUAGCGUCUUCUCCACCAGCUCCCUCUCCUCAACUACUAUGAAAACAACACAGGCUACUAGCUCUGUGUCAUCUGUCUCAUCCAGUACAGCAUCUAACAAGGCAACACCCUCCACCACUGCAGGCUACAAGAAUGUCACUAACAACACAUAUAAACCUGCCCAUGGGACUGGCUAUAAGGGACAUGGAGGUAGUGUGGUGCCAGGAGCAGGCAGUAAUCUUGGUAAAUCCAAGAGUGUAACUGGUACAACUGCCAAGAGCACUAGCACAGUUAGUACAACAGUGACCAGUUCUACUGCAAAGACAAAUGCUACUUCAACUACUACCAGCUCGUCUAAACCUACUAAAGGCAGCAAGGGUCAUCCUGCUACUGCAGCCAACAACAAGGCAGCCAAGUCAGGAGCUCCAGGCAGCAAGAACCAAAAUAGAGCUCCAUUCAGACUGAACCCAGCCUUUGCUGCUGGGGGUCAAGUGCGCAUGGCAAACCCAGCUCAGCAGAUGUUAGACAGCAUCUUGCGUACUGGGGGAGUUCCUGCGCGUCCCCCACGACCUGCUGGACCCAGAGGUCCAUCCAGUGCACCAAAUCCCCCCAGACCAGGCGGUCCACCAUUCCCUGGACCCCCUGGAGGUCCCAAUGCUGGCCCAAGAGGCCAAUAUGGCGGGCCAGGUGUCUUGAAAUCGCAGAUGGAAAAACAACGCCAAGAUUUGUUAAACUUUUCAAAGAAUUUCAUGAAAAUGAACCAGGAAGCUUUGGAGAAGAAACAAGCUGAGAUGAAAGUGAAGAAAGAGUCCGCAUCGAAAGAUACAACACCAACUGGUGCUAGUAAAACCACUGAAAAACCUGCUAAGAAAUAGUUCAUUCUAUCAAUCUCAAUGCGUGUUUGAAAUGAUAGAUGGCAGUUCAUCAAACAAAAACAGAAUGAGGUUAAACAACUACACUCUAUAAAGGUCUUCAAAAAAUAACAAAAAUCUAACAGAGAUGAUAGUAUUCUUCGGUACUCUACUCGGAGUAGAGAGACCAUUAGAUACGCUCAUCUUCAGAUGAUACUAUUGGAUAAUAAAAUCAAACUGAACAGAUGGAAACAUUGUAUUCAAAAUAAUGUAUCAAAUGAUACAGACAAUAAAGUAGGAUACUAAAAUCAAAUGGUACAAAUGGAAUUAUUGGAUACAAACAGAUGGAAGUAUUGGAUACAAACAGGUGGAAAUAUUGGAUACAAACAGGUGGAAAUACUAAAUAUUGGAUACAGAAUCACCUGAUCAAACAUUACAGGUGAUAAUAUUGGAUACUUAAACAACUACUAAUAAAACAAAAAGACUACUACCAUAAAGCGAAAUAAUCGUGGAAUACUACAUAGAUAUUACACUAAAAACAUUGAAAAAUAUGGAUAUAAACAUUUUUAAGGAACACUAUCAGGUGCUUUGAUAUAUUAUCACAAGACUGAACCCAAAAGCAGUGAAUAAACUUGAAUAAACUCAGCAGAUAUUAUAUAUAUGCAGCAGGGAUUGCCAUGCCCAAAUGCAUGUCAACUGACAAUAUAUACUCAUGUUCAACUGGUUCAACGACUAUAACUCACAAACAAAAAAAUCGUAAAAUUAGAAAACUAAAAAAAGAGGAGGUAAAUGUGGUAAGAGGUGGAUUAAGUAUUAAGUGUGCUUAUGAUGGUACUGGAUUUUCAUCCACAGUGGGUUAGAAUCGUAUUUGGUUAAGUGUAGGUGACAUGGGUGUAGGUUUUACAUUGAGUAAGUGUUUCAUAUUAAGGCAAAGUGGUGCUGUGUUAAAAUAUUAAAGAAAUUAUUGCAGAAAAAUUGAAGUUGCUGAAAGCACACAAGUAAUCCACUCCCAGUGGAAGUAACCCCAGUUGUAAGAUCUUAUGUGACACCACCUUUGGCCAGGUAAUAUAUGAAAUCACCAUUGCACACUGAAGCAGUGUAAAGUUCAGUUAAACUAGCUUUACAAAAUCCUCCAAUAAUUUAAGGUACAUGAAUGAAUGAAAGAUAGAUUAGUAAUGGUAUUGGCAACAAAGUGAAGGUAAAACUGAAAGAUUAUGGCUUUGUUGAAACUGAAAGGUUUUAACAAGAGAUGAAAUGAUUAUGGUCGUAGACAAAUUGUUAGCAGGUUUGUUGGAUAAAGUUCAACGAGAAAUCUAGGUAAAACACUGACUGAUGUAUUCAUGGCUAAUAGCCUGUUAGGUGAUCAUUCAGAAAUGGUUGACCAUAGAGAUGGUUUUACAAAAUGAAGAGCAAGUAAUUUGAA